AUGGACAAAAUUCCUUCGCAGUGCAGCGAAGCGUCACAGCCAGCAGAACACGAGACCGUCGUACAUUCCUUCGCUCUAAAGGCUCAAGCCUGUCGCUUCCCUGUCUGCACGCUCGACCAGUGCACUUCUGCCGGCCUUGCAGUACCAAUGGGCAACCAGCAAGGGCGCUUUGUGCGAUGUGAGGAGCUCCCGGUCCAGAGUGAAGUGAAGACGCCGGAUCUGGAGAAGGACCAAGACUUCAAGUUACCCUCGCACGCAGAGGUGCAUGCCAAUGCGAAGCCAAUGUUCUCAUCAAAAUGGGAGCGCGCUGUGGCUUAUCAUCAUGGUCUUUAUGUGCCUGAGAAAUACGCCGCGACCAAGACGGCCGAAGAUAUCCGCGUGGCUGUCGCCGACUACUCGGACAAGGUGCACAAGGAUUCCCCAAAGGAUGCCUGCAAGUACCUGCAGAUUGAGGAAUUUCGCUGUUUGAACGUCCAUCAGUUUGAAAGCCAGCCGGAGGUGGCAGCAAAGAAGUGCAUGAAGUGGUGGGAUGAAGUUCAGAAGUGCCAGUGGGACCAAGCAAAGUUCAAUGCUGGAACGACUUACAUUGAGGGGCCACAGAUGCGCCGCCGGCGUGCCUACAUCUUCUACCCGGACUUCAAAUAUGCGUGA